AAUCCACCGAAGAAAUGCCUGAUCCGCCGAAAACCAAAGAUGCUGCAGGAUCUUUGCCGAAAACAGCCGCCAAGAAGGGAGCAAAGAAAGCUUUGCCGAAAUCCGCAGUCAAAGGCGGCAAGAAGCGCAGGAGGUCGAGGAAGGAGAGUUACUCCAUCUACAUCUACAAAGUGAUGAAGCAGGUUCACCCGGAUACCGGCAUCUCCUCCAAGGCCAUGGGCAUCAUGAACUCGUUCGUGAACGAUAUUUUCGAGCGUAUCGCGGGCGAGGCUUGCCGCCUGGCGCAUUAUAACAAGCGGGCGACCAUCAGCUCCCGAGAGAUUCAGACCGCCGUGCAAUGUUAUAUAUUGGUCUGCGGGGAAGAGCAGGGAAUAUUAUAG